CCCGAGGAUCAACGAAUUCCGGAAUAAAACAAUUAUAGGAGACAGUGACCAGUGUCAGUGUCUCACUCGACUCUCGCUCUCACUGAUUGUCGUGAAUCGUUGUUCAAAUUCUUGGCAGUCAGUAGAUUCUCUCAAGACAGACCUGCAACUUGCAUAGGUUAUGAGUGAUGACAAGGACAUGGGAAAAGGGAACUAACUCACAAAUACUCAUGCUCAACUGAUUUUCCUUCCUCCUUAAAUUACCCACGAAUUCUCAAGUUUACUCCCUGAAAACUAUUCCUAAAGACACUUGGAAAAAUCCAAGUGCCGCACCCCUCCGUAUUUCGCGAUUGAUUCCAUCCAAAUGUUCUGUUAAUUAGUGUCGUGCCGCUUCUGCCUCGUGGGCGAAUUUAUAUGUAUUUGUUUAUCAUUUCGCGAGACAGUAGAGAGAACUAGUCCGGUUGAAAGUUUGAAGAACGUGGUGAAAAUUUGGAGAAUUCGGUCCGAGUUUAUUCACCGGUUCAUGUGAUUCGUCGAGGAGUGAAAAGUGUGAAAACUAACCUCAAUUCCCAUCACCGGGUUGGGUUUUCGAAGAUAUUUACGGGAUUUUACGACUGUGCUUGAUUCGAAAAGGUGCUCCUGAGAUUUCUUGCAAUUUUCUUCACUUGGUGCGGAUUUCGAGGUUAAGAAAGAAAAAUGGACUACAUGGAAGUAACUCUGCCAAAUUACUCGUAUGUUUUUAAUUUCGAGGAGAAAUUUAUUCAUCAAGAUACGAGAAUAUGGAUGACGAAGAACUGGACCAAUGGAUUCUACUUUUGUGGAAUUUACAUGAUUCUUAUUUUCGGGGGUCAACAUUUAAUGGCCAGCAGGCCAAAAUACGAUUUAAGAGGAAUUUUGAGUUUGUGGAAUACCCUUUUGGCCUCGUUUUCGAUAAUAGGAUUUACGAGAACAGCUCCCGAAUUAAUCCACACACUCCGAAAUUAUGGACUUUAUCACAGCGUUUGCAUUCCUAGCUUCAUCGAGCAGGACCGCGUCUCGGGCUUCUGGACGUGGAUGUUUGUCCUCUCGAAGCUGCCCGAACUCGGCGACACAGUCUUCAUCGUGCUGCGCAAGCAGCCGCUCAUAUUUCUCCACUGGUACCACCAUAUCACCGUCCUUCUCUACUCCUGGUUCUCCUACACCGAGUACACCGCCUCCGCGCGCUGGUUCGUCGUCAUGAACUACUUUGUCCACUCGAUCAUGUACUCGUACUAUGCGCUGCGCGCGAUGCGCUACUCGCCGCCGCGGGCCAUCUCGAUGGUCAUCACGACCCUCCAACUCACCCAGAUGAUCGUAGGCUGCGCGAUCAACGUCUGGGCCUACCAGUACCUCGAGACCGGCCAGACCGAGUGCCACAUCACCAAGCUCAACAUCAAGUACAGUCUCACCAUGUACUUCAGCUAUUUUGUCCUCUUUGCGAGGUUCUUUCACAAGGCCUAUCUUGGGGGCGCGCGGAGCGCCGCCGACAAGAAGCUCUUCUACGCGAACGGGCGUCACAUUGCCGCCGAUUUCGGCAACGGGAAACUCAAGGCGAAUUAAUAAACAACAGCAAUAAAUAAAAAAGUUCCUUUCGAAUCUCGCCACUUGUCAUCUUGAUUAAUUAAUUAAUUGGGUUGGCGAAUUCCGAGUGUAAUUUUUUGAAUCAAAGGCCCAAGAGCGGCGGAAAAAGUGGAGAAGAAAAAUGGAGGAAGGACCCUCCAAAAAAAAAAAAAAAA